AUGUUGAGUGUGCGGAAACAUUACUGCUUAUGCUUAAACUCAAAACCAACACUUAGAGAGUAUAGGAGACUUCAGUUAUCUAUACGUAAAGAUGCUGAGAAGAGAGACUCUCUUCGGAGAAACAAAAGCUCGACGACGAUUACUACUCGUUCUUCUACCGUCGUAGAGUACUACUCUAUGCUCGAAGACGAAGACCUUGAAGACCAUAAUCUCGCUCCUCCCAUGGAACGAGAAUCUAAGAAGACAAAACAAAGUAAGAAAGAUGCUAUGAAGAGGACGUCUCUUCCAUACAUUAGCUCGGCGAUUACUACUCGUAUUACUACCAUCAUGGAGUCUUUGCUUAAAGAAGAAGACCUUAAAGAGUAUAAUCUCCCUCCUUGCAUGGAAAAACAAACUAAAAAGGAAACAGGCAAUAAGAAAGAUGCUACUUUAAAGAUAAGAGAGACAACGCCAGAGUGGCUGAGAAUGUUGAUGAGAGAAAAGAAAGAUGGAGAUGAGGAAGACGAUUCGAAGAAGAUCAUAGUUAAAGAACUGACGGAAACUGAUGUCAAUGAUAACAACAAUCGUCUCUCGAUACCUAUCACGGACGUUGUGGAGUUGGAUUUCUUGAGACCCGCUGAAGAACUUAUCCUUGAAGAAGAUCUCAAGAGGUUCCGCAAUAAAAUAGGAGUGAACUCGAUACUCUUGGUGGUAUCUUUUGAUCGCAAGGAGAUCAAAGAAUACAAAAUGAGUCUGAAGUUAUGGCCUAUGACAGGCCGUUUUUUAUAUAAUCUGAUUACUCGUUGGAAACAAGUAGUUAGAGAUUGCCGUCUAAGGAGAGAACAUAAGGUCAGCCUAUGGUCUUUUCACUCCAAAGAUCAACUCUGUUUCGUUCUCGUUCCUUUCCCUGCCAAGUACGAUUAG